CUCACACCAGCACCAGCACGGCGGCCGCGGGAUAACGCGCCAAAAUUGCGCCAAACACAAACAAUCUGGCGGUGGUCAGACAACCAUCCAUGGCCGUCGGGCCACCGACGGGAGGGUCUGGCAAUCCUCCGCACCCGGCACCGCCGGUACAACCGCACCCGAUACUCGCGCCCAGCCCGCUCUUUGCCUUACCGACGCUUAACUUUACCGCGUCGCAAGUUGCGACCGUUUGCGAAACGCUGGAAGAAUCCGGUGACAUUGAGCGGCUGGCCAGGUUCCUAUGGAGCCUGCCGGUGGCGCACCCGAACGUGACCGAGCUCGAUCGCUCCGAGGCAGUGUUGCGAGCGCGGGCCAUCGUCGCCUAUCACACCGGACACUUUCGUGAACUCUACUCAAUACUGGAACGACACAAGUUUACGAAAACAUCCCAUGGCAAACUGCAAGCAAUGUGGCUGGAGGCGCAUUACCACGAGGCAGAGAAGCUGCGUGGACGACCGUUGGGACCGGUCGAUAAGUAUCGCGUCCGGAAAAAAUUUCCGCUUCCGCGUACGAUCUGGGACGGUGAGCAGAAGACGCAUUGCUUCAAGGAGCGAACGCGCAGCCUGCUGCGCGAAUGGUACCUCCAGGAUCCGUAUCCGAACCCGACGAAGAAACGCGAACUGGCCCAGGCAACCGGACUCACCCCGACGCAGGUGGGAAAUUGGUUUAAAAACCGACGCCAGCGGGAUCGUGCGGCAGCCGCGAAAAAUAGACACAACCAGCCACCACUCUCGGGAUCCGGAUCAUCCUCGCUGACGCCCAGACGGGGUGAUGGACCACUGUCACCGACGGACACGGACUCCGACUCGGACAUCUCGCUCGGCACACACUCGCCAGUUCCUAGUAUGUCGAUGCAGCAUAGUCCCAGCUCGCUGCCGGGUUCGAGCGAGGACCGGCUGCAUGAUGAGCGGGAUCGGGAGAAGGACUUCCGUAACAGUUUCGCCUCGCUGCAUUCCUUCCGUUUUGGCGACCAUCUUACCGGUGGUUUGUUACCUGGUUCGUUCAACAGUAGAUUCAUGCCUUAUCGUCUGGGCGAUCACUCGCCACCGAUCAACACCCACUCACCCCCGAUCGGUUUGACACACCUGCCUCUCACCCCAACCGUGCUCCGGCCACAGCCUCACCUGCCUCACUCGCUAGCCGUCAGUGCGGCGUCCAUGAGUGCGUCCGGUGUGCCCGGUGGAGUGCUCACGACGGUCGUCAAUAUGAGCGAUUCGCCCGGUAGCAAUAGUAGUGCCACGACCGCAUCCCUCUCGAAUAUCCCUGUCCCCGCCAGCGCUACUACCCCUACCCUGUCCGGAGGUACCGGGAGCAGUUCCUUGAAGGAUUUGCAGCAUCCUAGCGAUUUAUCGUCGAGUGAUCAUCGUCCAGGGACUCCCAGCUCGGUUGGAAGUAACAACAACAACAAUAACAACAAUAGUGCCAGUGGUGGUACUCCGACCACCGCCACUACGAACGGUACAAGCAACGCACCAUCCUCCUUAAUGCAGCCAAUGUCUCCGCUGAGAAUACGGGUCAGCUCACCGUCCCGGUUGAAUGCGGAGCUGCUGCACCAUGCAGCAGCGGCGGCGGCGGCAGCAGCAGCAGCCUCCAACCAACCACCCCAGCACCACUCGUUACCCCUGCUUCAUCCUCACCAUCCCCUGCACGUGCAUCAUCCCCACGCGCACCUACCGCACCAUGCGCAUCAGACGCAUGCUCACCAUCAUGCGGCAGCGUUGACGGCGGCCAGCAUGAUGAACGGACUGAAUGCCAGCGGCAUCGUUCGGAUCGUCCCGGGCACCACCAACACCGGCACCACCACCACCACUACGACCUCGCUGAUCCAUCGGCCCUUCUCACCGUCCCCAAAGCCGAAGGAAGCGUCGUGAUAAAC